AUGGCGCUAAGUGCCACUACAGUCUUAGCUGAUGAAGGUUAUCACUACUAUUCUGAUGAAGAACUUGUGGUUAUGUCAUGUAAAGGUGCUUUCCUUAAAGUCGCAACUUUUUGUGAAAAGGAUACUACAAAAACCUAUAAAUGUGAUUGUAAGAAUAAACCAGCAAUGGGGUCAUGGUUAUACUGUAUUUAUGAUCAAUUAGGUGAAAAUAAUGAAAAGGGUGAAGAGAUCGUGGAAGAGUACUGCUCGAGUUUUAAUGUUACCUUAGACUCUGAAAAAAUCAGAAAAGCUUACUCAAAUGCAACAAAUUAUAUUCUUGAUCCAAGUAAAAUUGAUGGUUUCAAUAAAUCUGCCAUCUUUGAUUCUCCAGUUUAUUACAACAAAAAAGCUUAUAAAAAUUAUUACAACUCUUAUAAAGCAAGAUGGAGAAACGUCUCAGAUACAAUGUUUUUAGGUGCUGGUUUACUAGGAUAUUGGGCUGUUAUUUUCCUUGUUGCUACAGUUUAUAACUUCUUAAACAGAGUUGGUUUCAUCAACAAAUUAUUCAAAUCAGCAGCUGUUAACAAAGUUAGAAGCACUAUUUCAUUACCAUCAUUAUUUGCCAACAAGAGACAUGUCACCCCAAUUAGCUUUUGGAAAGUCUUUGGUGGUUAUUUACCAACUAGAGUGGAAACAAUAGUUUUAUUUUUUUACUUUGCAUUAAUCUUCAUCUUUAGUGGUGUUAGAUAUACCUAUGUUGAAAACGAUACCAUUUGGACCACAAGAGAUGCCCAAGCCGCCAGAUACCCUGGUGAUAGAACUGGUGUUUUAGCAUUAUACAGUUUGCAACUAACUUUCUUAUUUGCUGGUCGUAAUAAUUUCUUGAUUUGGUUAACUGGUUGGAAACAAUCAACUUUUUACACUUAUCAUAAAUGGGUUUCAAGAUUUAAUUUCAUUUUAAUUUUGAUUCAUGCUGGUUCAAUGCAUAUGCAAUCUGUUGGUAUGGGUUAUUCAAAAUUCUUGACAAGAUUAGAUUCUUAUUGGUAUAGAUGGGGUAUAGUUGCUGCCACUUUUGGUGGUGUUUUAGUUUUCAGUGCUGCUUAUGCAGUUAGAAAAUCUUAUUAUGAAGUUUUCUUAAUGACACAUAUUGUCUGUGCUGCAAUCUUUUUAGCUGCAAGUUGGAUCCAUGCUGAAAAAUUCGGUUAUCAACAAUUUACUUAUGCCCUUGCUGCUAUUUGGUGUUUUGAUAGAUUUGUUAGAAUUGUUAGAUUGAUUUCAUUUGGUGCAAGAGAUGCUAAAGUCACUGUUGUUUCUGAUGAAAUCUUGAAAGUUGUUGUCCCAAGACAUGGUAUGUGGAGGGCGUUCCCGGGUUCUUAUGGUUAUUUACAUUAUUUGAAACCAACAACAUUCUUCCAAUCACAUCCAUUCACAAUUAUUGAAACUUCAGAUUCCGAAAUCACAUUCGUUACCAAGAUUAAAGGUGGUGUUACUUCACAAAUUCAUAACUAUUUAAGAAAACAACCAAAUCAAACAGGUACUAUCAAAAUUUCCGUGGAAGGACCAUAUGGUAAUCCAAACUCUAUUCAAAGAUAUGAUACUGCAUUGUUAUAUUCCGGUAGUACAGGUAUUGCUGGACCAUUUGCUCAUGCUUUAAAAUCAGUUCAAAGUGGUAAAAACCAACAUAUCAAAUUAUACUGGGUUAUUAGACAUUGGUCUUCAAUUGACUGGUUUUAUGAUGAAUUAUUGAAAUUGAAAGAAAGUGCAGUUAAGGUUGUUAUUUAUAUCUCACAACCAGAUUCUGCAGUUGAUAUAUCAAGUGAUGAAAAGAAACAAGUUUCUGAUAAUCAUUCUGUCAUUACUAAAGGUCUUGAUUUUGUUGAAUUUAGAUAUGGUAGACCAUCAAUUGAUGAAUUAGUUCAUAAUGAUUUUGCUGAAGCUACUGGAACUAUUGGUGUUUGGACUGCUGCUCAUAAUACUAUGGUUGAUGAUAUUAGACAAGCUGUUUCUAAUAAUUUGAAUGUUGCUAAAGGCAGAGUCGAUUAUUUCGAAGAACUUCAAGUUUGGUAA